ACCAAGCUACUUAUCCGAAUAUGAUUAUAUAACCACGGGUCCACGGAUGCCUUCCCCUCUUUACAGCUUUUUCUAAUACAGCACAUCACCUUUUAUGUUUCUUCGUGUCGAGUCCUCAUACGUAUUUUAUAUGUUUCAUUUUUAGCUAAGAAAUAAGAAGCAUUUGGCAAAGAAUUUAGUUUAUAGGUCGGGCACUAUUACAGCACCCUGCGAGGGUUAACCUUUAGCCAUACAGUACUAGCUCCAGCAGCGCCAAACUGCCCCUCCAACGCUCCCAAAUAGCACCAGUUCCGCCUGAGCUCAACUUGUAGCACAGCUUGUCGUCAUCUUUCACCAUGCCUCUCCAUCUUCUCGGCAAGAAAUCAUGGAACGUCUACAACAGCGACAACAUCGAGCGCGUGCGCCGCGACGAGGCCGUAGCCCGCGAGCGCGAGCACGCCGAGGAGCAACGUCUUCAAGAGAUCGACGCCGACCGACGUCUCGCAAUCCUGAGAGGCGAGGUCCCUCCACCUCUGCCGUCGACCGACGAGCCCUCAGACCGGCCCAACGCGAAGGAGGAUGGCAGCUACAGGCAGCCUGACAGAGAUAGAGAUGCGCCAGGCAGGGAGCGCAAGAAGCGCAAGCGCCAGGGCGAGGACGACACGGAUUUCGAGAUGCGUCUCGCGCAGGAGCGGGCGUCUGGGCCCUCUGCUUACUCCCGCGGCGAUGAGGGUGGUGCAACGGCGCUGAUACCACACAAGAGCAGCGAUGCGCCCUUGACGGAUGUUAGCGGGCAUAUCGAUCUUUUUGGUGGUUCUUCUUCUUCCACCUCUGUGCGCGACACGCGAAAGAAUGCCGAGGCGGAGGCCGAGAAGGCGCGCAAGAAGCGCGAGUAUGAGGAUCAGUACACGAUGCGUUUCUCGAACGCUGCAGGGUUGAAGGCGCCGGCUUCGGGACCGUGGUAUGCUCCUGCUGCAGGCGUUAAGCGACAACAAGAGGGCGAAGACGAGGGCAAGGACGCCUUUGGGAGGCCAGAUCCAGGAAGGAAAGACCGUGAUGUGGCGCGGAUUGUGUCCAGCGAUCCUUUGGCCAUGAUGAGGAGGGGUGCUGCGAAAGUGAGAGAGGUAGAAAAAGAAAGGAAGACAGCGAACGAGGAGCGAGAGAGGGAGACGAGAAGACUGCACAGAGAAGAGCGAAGACGAGAAAAGAAAAGGCGACGUCGGGAUGAGCGGGACAAUGAAAAAGGAAUAAUCGUGACCGAGGAGACGAAUACGAAGAAAGACGGAGACAUAGGCAUCAUCAUAGACACCGGAGUCCGCACAGAAGCGCGCGAAGCACCGAUCGACGGCAUGGGCGAGACGGCUGACUGGCUUCAUAGUUGGGGCUUUACUAACACAGGUGCGGUGAACAAGCGCACCAUAUAG